GAAUCGUUCACUUCCUUGUUAUUUACCAAUUUAAUGCCGGAUCGGCUCAGCGUUGCUGUGUUACCAGUGUGAUUUUUUUUGCUUAUUGCAGUGGAGGAUUCUUCUUUGUAAUCUGCUGCCAACAUGAAACUCGUACGAUUUUUGAUGAAGUUGAGCCAUGAAACUGUAACCAUAGAGUUGAAGAACGGAACACAGGUGCAUGGCACAAUCACAGGUGUAGAUGUAUGUAUGAACACACAUCUCAAAGCCGUCAAAAUGACGUUAAAGAACCGUGAGCCUGUCCAGCUGGAGUCGCUGAGCAUUCGUGGAAACAACAUUCGCUACUUCAUUCUGCCAGACAGCUUGCCACUGGACACCCUGCUGGUGGACAUCGAACCCAAAGUCAAGUCAAAAAAGAGAGAAGCAGUUGCAGGGCGUGGGCGAGGCAGAGGCAGGGGCCGAGGCCGGGGGAGAGGCAGAGGGAGAGGAGGGCCCAGGAGAUAAUUACAUGGCAGUUGAGCGACAGGCCCGCGAUCCGAUUCCAGCUAAUGUUGUUUGUACAGGUUUUUUUGUAUUUCACAAGAGUUUUGGAAACUAAUUUUUUUUUUUUUUUAAUAAACCAGGUUACUGCUGAACUGUUGUAUGUCCCUU